AACUUUUUAUCCCGGAUUUAGUAGAACGCACCCAUAACGAAAUAGGACUUCCUUGUUCUAAAUUUGAAAUACAAAAACAGAAUUUAGUCAUUUAAGAACUGACUUACUAGGACCCAAGACAACCGAAUAUAACUCUGACAUUUAAAAAUGUUACCGAUUCUACUCAACUUCGUUGCAAUAGUUUCCAUUGUAUUUGCACAGGAACCAUGUAGUCCUAUGGAUCCUGGAGAAUGGACACCAGUUCGUCCUGUAUUAUAUUUGAAUAUUUAUGAAGCCAAUCAAGAAGAAUUACUUCUAUACCCUAACGAUCCUAUGUACCAGUCUCAAGUACGAAUAAAUGGCGUUCUAGAUGUAAAUUCACCUAAUGGAAUUGUCUUGGAGCCACAGACAGACUAUCUGAUAAUUAAUCCAGCAGAAAAAUUCAAAUUCGAAAGUGUGUCAGGGCAUAGUAUUAUCCGUCUAGUUCAACCCUUAGACAGAGAUGGUCCAACGGAAAGUGUAGAUGAUGAUAUCAGUGUUAUCACAUUCACCUUGAAGUGCUCCCCAGCCAACAACCUCUCAGUAGAAAUCUUUUAUGAUGUCAGUAUCAUGAUCAUGGACAAGAACGACAACCCACCUAUGUUUUAUAAUGCGCCAUAUGAAACUACUAUUAAUGAGCUUACACCAGUUGGUACACAGUUAUUAACAGUUACUGCCGUUGAUAAAGAUUCGAAUUUGGAUGGUAACAUUACAUUCAGUAUUAUAAAGAAUUCAGGCAUUGUGAAUGAUGGAAGCGAUUUAUUUGAUAUUGACGCACUUCAAGGCAUCCUCACAGUAAGAGGCAAUCUAGAUUAUGAAAGUUUAGGGGAUGGACACAAGUAUUAUGUUAUUCGUGUUGUUGUUAUGGACGGCGGACCAAAUACAAUGCGAUCAGCAUAUACUGAUAUAAAAAUACAUGUUACUGAUGGAAACGACAAUGGACCCUCUUACAUGUAUACUGGUUGUCUGCAGCAUAAAAUGUCCUGUGUAUUGCCAAAAUAUACAAUAGAUGUACCUGCAAUACUUUUGAAUCAAGAGCUACAAUUUCAUGGCUUUCCUGACGUAACUGGAAACGCAAUUAAGAUUUUGGCCGAAGAUAUGGACGGAGUUCCAAGUGACGUAGCAUUUUCUGUGGCGACAACUUAUCCAUCCGGAUAUGAUAGCUAUUUUUCCGUGGAGACGAAGAAAAUGGGAAACUAUUUCCAAGCUAUUGUUAAACAGGUCAAAAGUGUUGAACUUCCUCGAGAAUUUGUGAUAUUGCUGAAGGCAGAAGAACUUUCUCCUGACAAAAAGUUUGCAGUAGCAGAGAUAUCCUUCGUCACACGUAUGACAGAAAAUAAUCAACAAACUACAGCUUCGCCUCAUAUGAGUACUGCUGCACAAACUGGAGAAAAAACAACAGACAGCCAGAAAAAUGAGGAGUUUUCCCAGACGACUGUUGCACUUAUCGUCGUCAUUGCAGUGACCUUGACAUUAGUCUUGUGUUUAGCUGUAGCAUUGGCUUGUUUUAUAUCUAGAAGACGUCAGUACUCAUCAGACAAAGUACCACUUUCAUCGGUAAAUGGUGGCCAUGAGAACAGAGGAUACUCAGCACAACUAUGAAAUACUCCUUCAUGAAAGUUUAAGAGAAUAUAUCAAACUGAAUUUUACUUAUGACAUUGAUUUUUUUAUUAGAGAAGCGACUGUAUCGAAAAUCAUAAAUAUCUUUUGUAGAAAUAAAAUUAUAUAUUAUGAUGGAAACGUAUAUGUUUCAUAUAAAAAAAAUCUUUAAAACAGAAAAUAUUGAAAAAUGUUCAUGCAAAAUAUUUGAAAUGAUUGGGGUUUUUUUAACAAAGAAGAUGUGAACAUAUGCAAUAACCUGUCAAUUUUGCUAUGCGUUGUUUAUGUAUGUAUGCAUCCUAUAGUUCGUAGAACCUUUGUAAAAAUGUUUGACAGCAUACCACUUGUAAAUGAAAUGACCAUUUAGCUAUUGGAAUAUUGACGACUUUCGGAUUUGGUUACUUAAGUCAAUAUUGUAAAAGAGCUAUAAAAAGAAUAGGAAAUAAAAAAAUCGAAAACUUAUAAAUGAUACAACCCGACUAUGGCUAUUUAUCUAUCGGAAUAUUGACGACUUUCAUAUUUGGUUACUCAGUCAAUGAUGUUAACUCCGUAUCUACUUUCAAAUAUUAUUUGGUCUCUUGUAAUUUGGUUAUAUAUAUAUAUAUAUUGUAAAAGAGCUAGAAAAUGAGAAGGAAAUAGAAAAUCUAAAACUCGUAGAUGAUACAACCCGACACCCGCCUCAUUACCCAAUGGUCAAAAUUGGUAAAGGGUCAAAUUGUGCAAGAGAGCGGUCUAUACAGUCAUUUGUGAAACACCUAUACUGAAUUUGCAAAGGAUUUUUUUGUGCAUUUCCUCAUUAAAACUGUAUAUAUGUAAACUAAGUUUGCUUAACAAACUGUCAUUUAUAUUGUAAUAAUUGUCGUCAAAUAUCAUGCUAUCAAUUAUUUAUAAUUUAGCAGUUUAUGACAGUUGGUGUAACUAUUACAUACGUUCCAUUAUAAUUCAGCUAUUAUUAUUACCAAGUCUUUCACAGUUUGACAAUGUUACUCGUCUCAAAUUACAUAUUUUGUACUUAUAUAUACACUAAGCAUUUUUAAAUAAUGAUAUAAAGACUACUUUUUGCAAUAUCAUUGUUAGUUUUUUUUAACAUUAAAAUAGAAGUAUGCAGGU